UAAUUCAUUGAUUAUUAAUACAUUCAUCAUUUAAUAUUAUAAGUAAUCCUUAAUUGUUUCCAUCAAUAUUUUUUCACUGGAUUAUUUUCAUGGCUGACAGACAAAACCAACAACAAGCAACGUUUCACUACGUAAGAUAUCAUCAUCAUCAUCAUCAUCAUCAUCCUCUGAACGGGCUCUGACUCCGGGACUUUUGGCCCUCCUGGCAGCACCUGAACGCAUCACCUCUCCUGUUACCGCGGGGUUCGGCAGAGGGGGUUCUGGGUUCUGCCUUCGACCCGGAAGUGCUCCUAUUACACACGCACUCGCAUCGCAAGGACGCUUUCCUCAUCAAUCCAGCACCCAUCGACACUCAGCGCGCAGUGCGGCGUGGACCGGACCAGACCGAACCGAACCGAACCGGGACCGCGACAUGACCCUGCAGCUGCCGCCGUGCGUGAUAGACUGCGGGACUGGAUACACCAAGAUCGGCUAUGCAGGAAACACGGAGCCACAGUUCAUCAUGCCGUCCUGCAUCGCCAUCAAGGAGUCGGCCAGCAUUGGAGAGCAGACCCAGAGGAGGCUGGCCAGAGGAGUGGACGACCUGGACUUCUACAUCGGAGACCAAGCCGUCGAUAAACCCAACUAUGCAACCAAGUGGCCCAUCCGUCAUGGGAUGGUGGAGGACUGGGAUCUGAUGGAGAAGUUCAUGGAGCAGGUCAUCUUCAAGUACCUGAGGGCCGAGCCAGAGGACCACAGCUUCCUGAUGACAGAGCCUCCUCUCAACACUCCUGAAAACAGAGAGUACCUGGCUGAGAUUAUGUUUGAGACCUUUAACGUACCUGGGCUGUACAUCGCAGUGCAGGCGGUGCUGGCCUUGGCGGCAUCCUGGACGUCUCGCCAGGUGGGACAGCGGACCCUUACCGGCAUCGUGAUCGACAGUGGAGAUGGAGUGACGCAUGCCAUUCCUGUGGCCGAGGGUUACGUGAUUGGAAGCUGUAUAAAACACAUCCCCAUCGCAGGGCGGGACAUCACCUUCUUCAUCCAGCAGCUGCUCAGGGACAGAGAGGCGGGCAUUCCUCCGGAGCAGUCACUGGAGACCGCCAAAGCCAUCAAGGAGCGGUACUGCUACAUCUGUCCCGACAUCGUGAGGGAGUUUGCCAAGUAUGACUCCGAUCCUGGGAAGUGGAUCAAGCAGUUCCAAGGAAUUAACGCAGUCACCAAGACCCCCUUCCACAUUGACGUGGGCUACGAACGCUUCCUUGGACCCGAGAUCUUCUUCCAUCCCGAGUUUUCCAACCCAGAUUUCAUGCAGUCCAUCUCUGAUGUCAUUGAUGAGGUCAUUCAAAGCUGUCCGAUCGAUGUGAGGCGGCCGCUCUACAAGAACAUCGUUCUGUCCGGAGGCUCCACUAUGUUCAGGGACUUUGGGCGGCGGCUGCAGCGAGACCUGAAGAGGACGGCGGACGCCCGGCUGAGGUUGAGCGAGGAGCUGAGUGGAGGACGCAUCAAGCCGAAGCCGAUGGAGGUCCAGGUGGUGACCCAUCACAUGCAGCGCUACGCUGUCUGGUUUGGAGGCUCCAUGCUGGCGUCCACGCCCGAGUUCUUCCAGGUCUGUCACUCCAAGAAGGACUACGAUGAGAUCGGCCCCAGCAUCUGUCGACACAACCCCGUCUUUGGCAUCAUGUCCUGAUGGGGCCCGUCGCCAUGCCUUCUACUCAGUACCGGACGCCUAACUGUUAGCUUUGUGUGAUUCCUGUGAGCUUGUUAGCAUACUGUCUCUGCAGAAAGAAAGAGUUAGCAUGUUAGCUAGAAGGCAUGAUGAUCAUUCUGCUGCAGCAGAGACGCCAUUUUAUUUACCCCAGAGAUGGGGUAGGGUUAGUCCUAACCCUAGCAGCUGAUGGUAGCUAUUAGCUGUUAUCUUAUCUUUUAGCUGCAGCUGGCUAUUAGCUAUUAGCUGUUGCCAUCUACCAGCUAUUUGCCUCUGUGAGCAAUUAGCUGCUGCAAACUGUUAGAUGUUGUUAGCUGUUAGCUUCUGCUAGCUUUCAGCUGAUGGCCACUAUUAUCGGCUGCCAGUUGUUGUUAGCUACUGUUAGUUAUUAGCUGAUACUAGCUAUGAACCAGUGUUAGCUUUUAGCUGCGGUUAGCUGAUGCUAGUUGUUAGCUGCUAUUUGUUCUCAGUUGCUGCUAGCUGAUGUUAGCUAUCCUUCAUUUCUGAUGUAGCGCUGAGGUUUCUGGCUGCAGCCUCUU